GUCCUUUCUCUCCACCUUGAUCUUCUCUGGUCUGGAGGAUCCAAGAAGCAAGAAAAGCGGAGUAUCGAUGUCAGGCGCCAUUGUUAUUGGAGCUUCAGGCUCAUGGGCAAGAGCAAUGUUAAAGAUCUCCCCGUAUACCUUCUCCGCCAUUGGUAUCGCCGUUGCUAUUGGCGUCUCGGUCUUAGGCGCCGCCUGGGGAAUUUAUAUAACAGGAAGUAGUUUGAUCGGUGCGGCAAUCAAAGCUCCUCGUAUUACAUCAAAGAAUCUUAUAAGUGUCAUAUUCUGUGAAGCCGUUGCUAUAUAUGGUGUUAUCGUGGCCAUUAUUCUACAAACAAAAUUGGAAAGCGUUCCAGGCUCACAAAUGUAUGUACCCGAGUCUCUUAGAGCAGGAUAUGCGAUAUUUGCCUCUGGAAUCAUCGUUGGUUUUGCAAAUCUUGUAUGCGGGUUGUGUGUGGGAAUCAUUGGGAGUAGCUGCGCCCUGUCUGAUGCGCAAAACUCUUCGCUCUUUGUGAAAAUUCUUGUAAUUGAAAUCUUCGGUAGUGCACUGGGGCUGUUUGGUGUGAUCGUGGGAAUAAUAAUGUCGGCUCAAGCCACCUGGCCUUCGAAGGUUUAAUUCGCUUGUAUUUGCAGUCGAACAACACAAAAUUCUUGCGUGUGCAUAUCUAUUCUAUAGAGGUAAUUAGAAACGGAAGAAGGAAUAAAUGUAUGUUCUCGGGUGUUCUUGAUUUUUGUUGUAUGUUAGUGAAUAAUGAUCAGUUCUCCUGUUUGAAUUCCUGCAGGAUCUACAUUCGGGUAGACAACAUGUCGAUAAGACGUGCUUUUUUUGUUGCUUUGUUCGAAAAGGACGAAUUGUGUAUCCACAAAUACAAGCAAUUACGAGUUAUGAGUUUCAUUGAAGCAGUCAUUUUAGAAA